AUGUCGUCGACGAUAGAACAGGAGUUGGCUGUCUCUAGGGUAUAUUCUAAAACAGACCAUAAACAAAGCGUACCAAAUGAGCCAUCCGGGGAGUCGACGCUUCAAACUGGCAGCGCAAGCACAAAGGCCCCAGAGUUCAAAAUGGAUUGGCGAAUGUUUUUAGCAUUUGCUUCGCUCAUGAUUAUUACACUCGCGGCUGCACUCGAUGCCACCAUCAUAUCUGUUGCAUUGCCGAUUAUGGCACACGAACUUAAGGGUACAGCGACGGAGGCAUUCUGGACAGGAACAAGUUUCUUGCUUGCUUCUACCGUUAUUCAACCCGUCUUCGGAUCUUUCUCAAACAUUUUCGGCCGUAAACCGCUCAUUAUCACGUCGCUCGUAUUCUUUACCAUUGGUGCUAUUUUAUGCGGUGUUGCAAAGAACUUCACCUUGAUUCUCGUCGGCCGUACCAUUCAAGGUAUCGGUGGCGGUGGUAUCAUUGCCGUGUCUGAGAUUAUUAUCACAGACUUGGUUCCUCUUAGGGAACGAGGAAAGUAUUUCGGCUUCCUUUCAACAAUGUGGGCUCUGGGUAGUGUCCUCGGACCCGUCCUCGGUGGCGCCUUUGCUGAGAAGGUUUCAUGGACCUGGGUUUUCUGGAUCAAUCUUCCUUUCUGCGGUAUCGGAUUUGUCAUGAUUCCCCUCUUCCUCAAAUUGAACUUCAUUCCAUCCAGUAUGGCUGCCAAAUUGAGACGCAUUGAUUGGGUUGGUGGCACAAUUUUCAUCGCUUCUUGCACAAGUUUCUUGAUUCCAAUCACCUGGGGUGGCACUAUGUACCCAUGGAACUCCUGGAGAACAAUUGUCCCACUCGUUGUUGGUGCCGUUGGCCUUAUUGGAUUCAUCUUCUACGAAAAAUUCGUUGCUGCAGACCCAUUGAUCCGGAUGAGCGUUUUCGAGCAAAGAACCGCAGCCGUCAGCUACCUUGGUACUGUUAUGCACGGCGUUAUUCUCUGGGGCCUUCUUUACUACCUCCCUCUCUACUACUUGGCUGUCAAGAACCAAACCGCUAUUUUGGCUGGUGUCUCUGUCUUCCCACAAACCUUCACCGUCGCUCCAGCCUCAAUCGUCGUCGGUAUCGUCUCUUCCAUCACCGGUAAAUUCAGAUGGGCUCUCUACAUUGGUUGGGCGCUGACUAUCCUCGGAAUGGGUCUUCUCUACUUGCUUGAUGUCAACACAUCGACCGUCGCAUGGAUCUUCAUCAACCUGGUUUCCGGAUUGGGAACCGGCAUGCUUUUCCCAUCCAUGGGGCUUGCCAUUCAAGCUUCCGCCCCAGCCGCCGAUACCAGCUACGCUGUUGCUAUGUUCUCUUUCCUUCGCGCGUUCGGACAAACUUUUGGUGUUGCCAUCGGUGGCAUGGCUUUCCAGAACUUCCUCAAGUCCAAGUUGGAGAGCUUCCCCGAGCUCGAACCUGUCGCCGGUGAAUAUGCCAAGGACGCUGCUGCCCUUGUCGAGGUUAUCAAGCGGAUGCCCUUCGGCUCCCCUGACGAGCUCCGCGAGAAACUUGUUUGGUGUUACGCUGCUGCCUUGAAAAAUGUCUGGCUUGUCUUCCUUGGCUUCGCAAUCAUUGGUGGUUUCUUGUCCAUCUUCACUGAAGAUUUGAGCCUCGACCAAGAGCACAGCACUGAUCAAGGGUUCAAGAGAAAGGAAAAGACGGAAGACGCAGAAAAAAUUUAA